AAAAAAGUAGUUGUUAUUGGUGUUCACGGCUGGUUUCCCAUGAAGUUGGUGCGUAGUAUGGUUGGAGAACCUACAGGGACAUCAACAAGGUUUUGCGAACAGAUGUCCACGGCAGCCAAACUAUACUUUCAGGCUGAGCACAAUGUGCAACUGCCGGACAGUGCAAUCACUUGUGUGCCAUUAGAAGGAGAAGGCAAAGUUGAAGACCGAGUCAAUAAGCUGUAUAGUAGUCUACUGGCAAAUUCAGUCUGGCUUGACGCUGUCUCAUCUGCGGAUGUGAUCCUGUGGGCCACACACUCACAAGGCACGCCCGUCUCGGUCAUGCUUCUUCAAAGAUUACUCGAGCGUGGACACGUUCAUGUUCAUCGUCAGUCCGUGUGCUUAUUGGCUAUGGCAGGUAUAAGUCACGGGCCAUUCCCGGCCCUCAAAGGGAGUCUUAUUGUCAAAUACUUUGAGGCUGAUCCAGCAAGAGAACUUUUUGAAUUUAUGGAUUCGAACAGUAGUAUAUCCCAAAAAUUUAGAGAGGCACAAAAACACGUAUUGAAAAGUGGGAUUAAGAUGGUGCUGGUGGGAUCAAUGCAAGAUCAGGUCGUACCCCUUUAUUCAGCCAUCAUGUCAGCCACUACUCAUCCAAACAUUCUCCGAUCUGUAUACAUCGAUGGACAUAUAUAUUCUGACGAUGACUUCAUUAUCCACCUAGUUAGUUUUGCACUUAAACUGCGUAACGCCGGUCUUUCUGACCAUGGAUUAUUGACCCAUGUGAGUGAGGUCCUGGCUGGAAACAUAUAUGCUCUAGAAGGAGGUCAUUCUACAAUUUAUGAAGAGAUCGAUGUUUAUACUAUGUCUCUCCGGUACCUGUUUGAGACCAAACCAUUUGGCAAGUUAUCACUUGCUCGACCAAAGACAAUUACUGCUGAUUCCAAAAUGCAAUGGAACCCAUUCUAUUUACCUUGGGCUAUGCGUGGUAUUUGCGACGACGCCCGGAUCACAAGUGACCCUGAAUUGCACCAAGAGUUACUUAAUCUAGGUCAGUCUCUUGCUAAAUGGAAUCCUCCUAGUAGUAAGAUGCGCGAGGUCAAGUAUCGCCUAGAACCAUUG